UGGACGGGGAGGUACAGACAGGAAUGAUAAACAAAAGACUCAUUCACACUGACAACGCGUCUAGAGACUAUUUUAUUCUUUUGAUAUAUUUUUAUAGGUAACAUAAGGUUGUGGGUUAAGAAAAUGGCCACCUCAGCAAGCUCAAAACUGAACAAAGCUGUUAAACAGCAGUACAUGGAACUACCCCAGGGAGACAAGGUCCAAGCCAUGUACAUCUGGAUAGAUGGAUCUGGAGAGGGUCUGCGCUGCAAGACCAAGACUUUGGAUUCGGAACCCAAGACGAUUGAGGAUCUCCCUGAAUGGAACUUCGAUGGCUCCAGCACCUACCAGUCUGAGGGCUCCAACAGCGACAUGUACCUGAUCCCUGCAGCCAUGUUCAGGGACCCGUUCAGGAAAGACCCCAACAAGCUGGUGCUCUGUGAGGUGGUUAAGUACAACUACAAACCAGACGAGAACAACCUGCGCCACACCUGCAAACAGAUCAUGAGCAUGGUGGAGAACAGCCACCCGUGGUUUGGUAUGGAGCAGGAGUACACUCUCCUGGGCACGGAUGGACGUCCCUUCGGCUGGCCAUCCAACGGCUUCCCUGGUCCACAAGGCCCUUACUACUGUGGAGUGGGAGCAGAUAAAGCUUAUGGACGAGAUGUAGUGGAAGCCCACUACAGAGCGUGUCUGUAUGCUGGAGUUCAGAUCUGUGGAACCAAUUCUGAAGUCAUGCCUGCUCAGUGGGAGUUUCAGAUCGGACCUUGUGAAGGUAUCAACAUGGGGGACCACCUGUGGGUGGCUCGCUUUAUCCUCCACAGAGUGUGUGAAGAUUUUGGUGUGAUUGUGUCUUUUGACCCCAAACCAGUCUCUGGGGACUGGAACGGUGCUGGCUGCCAUACCAACUUCAGCACAAAGGAGAUGAGAGAGGACGGCGGACUCAAAGUCAUUGAGGAUGCCAUCGAGAGGCUAUCGAAGAGGCACCAGUAUCACAUCCGAGCCUACGAUCCCAAAGGAGGGCUCGACAACGCCAGACGCCUCACUGGUCAUCACGAAACCUCAAACAUUGGCGAAUUCUCUAAUGGUGUGGCAAACCGUGGCGCCAGCAUCCGCAUCCCUCGCGCUGUAUGGAAGGACAAGAAGGGCUACUUCGAGGACCGCCGGCCAUCUGCAAACUGCAACCCGUACAUCGUCACAGAGGCUAUGGUGCGCACAUGUAUACUCAAAGAAGAGGGAGAGCAGCCAACAGAGUAUAACAAAUGAACAUUGUCAGACAAAGUGUCAUGACCAGUAUUGUAUUUAGCCUGUUAGACUAUGGAUUGAUCUGUACCCGUUUGUUUUUUACUUGAUGGAUGAAAUGAUAAUGGGGGUAUUCUGCGCUCUUUUUGCAUUCAGUCUUGCAGAACAUCUUUACCUCUGGCACAAUUACUGCCUUAUUGCCAACACAUUUUGUCAUCAAAGCUGAUCAUUUAUACAUAGAAAAAAAAAAA